AUGCGCACUUGGAGGGGCCACCAGUCAGACAUAUUGGACCUCACAUGGUCCGCAGAGUCCCAAUUCGUGCUGUCCGCCUCUUUGGACAAGGUCGUUCGCCUGUGGCACAUCACCAAGGAUGAAUGCCUGAGGCAGUUCCAGCACCAGAGUUGGGUGACCUGCAUCAGGUUCCACCCCAAGGACGCGAGCAAGUUUAUAUCGGGCGGCGGUGAUGGGGUGCUAAGAAUGUGGAGCGUGAUGGAGCGGCGGGUGGUGGCCUCCGCAAGUGUCGCCUCUGAAGAGGACAUGUACACUGCACUGGCCUUUUCACAGGACGCGAAGAUGAUUGCCUCCGGGACGUACAAGGGUAUGUGUCGCUUCUACGAGAUGAACGGGAAGAGAAUUGAGAAAAGGGCACAGAUCGACGUCCGAAACAGGCGUGGUCGUCAUUCAAAAGGCAAGAGGAUCACAGGGAUGGAAUACAUACCUGGACAGCCGUCAACGCUGCUGGUGACCUCAAACGACAACAGGAUACGAUUGAUCCAGGGCCUAAAAGAAGUCAUGAAGUUUAAGGGUCACACCAACAACACAGGCCUGCCCAUCUCUGCUUCUCAUUGUCUGGAACGCGGCUACAUAAUCUGUGGCUCUGAGGAAGGCCGUGUCUACAUCUGGAACAACAGCACAAAACUUGGGGAAGACGAGAAUGCCCCCAAAGAGGAGAUGCCUGUGCAUGCCAGUGUGGCCAGAGAGAAGAUCAAUUCAUACGAGUGGUUUCGGGCACAUGACGGGUGUGCCACAGUGGCCCUUUUUGCACCAGACACUUGCCGGCGCCCCUUUGUAGAUCUGGACAGUGUGGAAGACACCCCUGUUGUGGUGCAGUCGUCUGCACACAGGCUCAGGAGGGUCUUGAAGCACGCCUCCCAGAGCUCUGGCAGUGGGCACAUAGCCACUGGUGAGGAGACGAUGCCUUCCAGUCAGGAGGUACUCGAUGGAGGCACUGGUGAAGGUUUUGGCCUCUUCGGCCAGGUGAUUGUGACGGCUGGGGGAGAUGGAGAAAUCCGGGUUUGGGAGAACUUUGGCUUCCCUGUGAAUCUUACAAGCUGA